AUGCUGCAGGAGUUGUGCACGCUGUUGUUCACUCCCUCGCGAGACAAGGGGGUCCGCCGAUGGCAACAGGCCGCCAUCGCGUUUUCCGGAUUAUGGGGCAUAAGCAUCUUUUUCACAAUCUCCACCUCUUUUCUUAUCGCCUCCAUGCAGGCUCUCGUGCUGCUGAACACAGCCGCUUCGCUCACGGCUGCCAUCGUGGCCCAGUCUCUGUGCAGCCGCGCCGGCACUCAGCAGAACUACCCCUUCGGCUUUGGACUGUAUCGUCUAAGCGUCGUCGUGCGUCUCGGCAGCACUGUCUUUCUAGUAUUUGGUUGUGUGGCAACCAUGCUGGAGUCUCUGCACCGCGGCACUCACGGGCACCACUCGAACCCCUUUUUCCUUCUCGCUCUCGGUGGCAUGCAGCUCCUAUCACAGCUGGUCUUCCUCCGUGAUGUUUGCCUCACCGAUCGCGUGACGGGGCAUCGCGGCAUGGCCGGCGCGCACAGCGAGGAUCUUCUUCAUUUGCUCUGUGUUUCUGCGUGCAGGGACAGGCGUGGGAUGGGAGGUGGAGGUUUCUUUGAGGAGUUCCACAGCCCCUCGAGCGCAUGGGCUCAGUCCCAGCCGCCUGGUGAAUCGCCGGUGGCGCACGGCCCCUCUUGUGGCGCACAACGCACUAUGCGCCGCAGUGGUACGCAAAAUGCCGUUUACCUGCUGUGCCCCAUCACGUGCGUCGUCGCCAGCCUGUUGAUGGUCGUGACAGACAGCAGCCUCCCUGACGUGGCCGGGGCGCUGUGGCUGGCCGUCUACUACGCCUACGUCGGAUAUCGGAAUGGACGCGACAUGCUCGACUUGCUGAUGAACAAGUGUGUGACCAACCCGAGGCGGUUGCGCAACUUGGAGCGAUGCCUGCGCAACAUUAAGAUGCUGGACGGUGUGCUGCAGGUGCAGUCAACCGUGUGGUGGAACGUGAACGUCUCGGAGAGUAUGCUGCUGAUCCGUUUACGACUCAUAUCUGGCUCUGAUGCGUGCAGCGUAUCGCAAGCAGCACGCAAGCAGCUGGCUGAGCUUGCGACGUAUGUUUAUGUGGAGUGCUUUCCAGCCAACGGUGUGAACGAUCUCGGGCACAGCACCCAGCUGUCGUGGGGUGCAUCGCUGAUGGGUACGCACGGACACACCAACGGCGUGCACGGUCACAGCCAUAGAGGUGUCCAAGGUCACGAACACGGGCACACUCAUGGCAACGGGCACGACGAUGACAACGGCCACCACAACCACGGCUGCGACCAUUCGCAUAGUCACUUGUUUGCCGGCAAAGGCGAGGUCAGCUUGGCAGCUAGGAGGUGCUCCAAUGAGUUUGGUAACAUCAACGGUGACCCACGAACUGACUCUGUCGGAGCUGAUUUGCCCUACGGAGAGCAGGGGUUUCCUGCAGCAGUGCCUUCCACCGCCUACGCGGGUGGCACACCGACUGCAUUGGCGUUUCCGACACCGCCGGCAGCCACGAGCGGUGGAUUUGAUUCGUCAGCUAAGCGACACAGCCCCGCGAGCGGUGCUCCACCCAUCGGCAGACCGUCUUCAGGGCAGGCGUUGUCCAUGGCAUAUGAUGCGGCGAACAGCAGCGCCACUUUGGCGAUGCCGUCACCAUUUACAGGCUUUCCACAUGGAACAUCUAGGUCGUGCGGUAGGGGCUGCACGAACGCAGGCAGUCGCUUCGCACAGCACGCACCUGGCGACACAGCCGCUGAGGCUGCUGAUUCCCUCAGGAACCCUGCAGCGCCGUCAUCUCGUCUGCCGGCUAUUCCGCCCCCGGUCUUCACGCCGUUUCGAGAUGGAGGUGUGCGUAUCGGCAGUGAUGUGAGGAGAGGCGCACCUCACAGUGGAACCUAUGACCACGUGUGA